AUGCGAGCCGAAAGGUUGUGCCGUUGGGCCCUGCGCUGCUGGAUGGGAUUGAUUUUGGUCCUGGGCAUGUCCUGCCACUUCUACAGUUCCAACCGCAGGCGUCUGGUCCACUCCCGAGUUUUGCAGGCCUACAGCUGGCUGACAAUUGCGGCCAACUUGGCGUUGUAUUACGUGUACUAUAUCUACGCUAUUACUUACUUCGCGGAGGGCACUUUUCGGCGGCAAAGAUUCGUGAUUCAGGUGUGCGAGGGCAACGUACGACUGCAGAUCGUUAUACUGGCACUCCAGACUUUAAUGCGGUUGCUGCGGGAAGGCGAGGUGUGCCAGGCAUACAACGAGAUUACCGAGAUCCUAGAUGGAGAACUCAGUCACCAGACGCACAGUCGCUUCUACUGCGUGGCAUUCCUGGCCAAGAUCUUCAGCUUCGUGCACAACUUCAAUAUUGCGCUGAGCAUCCUCAUGAUUUGGGGCAUGCGAACCUUUGGCGUUUCAGACUUCCUGGCCAAUCUGUAUUUCGUCUACAACUCCCUGGCCCGCGAUGCCGUCCAGCUGGCCUACACCCUGCUGCUCCUCGACCUCCGCGAGGCACUGCGUGCGAAUGGCCAGCGGCGGAGGGAUUCCCAUGAUUCCUAUGGCCAACUGAUGGAGCAGUUGCGCCGGCAGGAGCGUCUGUUGGCCAUUGGGCGGCGGGUUCAUCGCCUGUUCGAAUGGCUGGUGGCGGCCAACCUCUUUUUCCAGCUGUACUUCAACACGGCCACCAUUUACCUGGGCUACGCCUUCGUCAUCCAGCGGCAGGACGCCCUGGGGCUGCGGGUGUAUCGCCUGAAGCUCCUGCUCACCGGCCUCAUCUUCCUGGUCAAGCUGGGCGACGCCCUGCUCCUGCAGAUCGUCUGCGAACGGCUGCUGGCGGAGGAGAACCAGGUCUGCGCCAGUCCAAAGAUCCGGCAGCAGGAUGGGGCAAAUGCCAAGGCAAUCCACAGGCAGUGGGAAAUGUCCGUUUUAAGGCGAGCAAUUCGACGAGCAUCGUCGGAGAACAAAGUGCUGGGGAUGUUUCGAAUGGACAUGCGAUGUGCCUUCGCCCUGAUUAGCUGCAGUCUGUCCUACGGUGUUAUUAUUAUACAGCUUGGCUAUGUCCACAGUUAA